AUAGGGGAACUAAAAGAAAGGAAAGAAGAAGAAAAGGGAGAUGAGGGAGUAAAGAGGAGGAGAAGAAAAGAAAGAGGAAGAUAAGAAGAAGGAUGGAUGGAAAGGAAAGGACGAUGAUAAAAGGAAAGAAAGAAAAGAGAGUGGUAAGACAAUAAGGGAGGGAUCUGAAAAGAAGAAGAGGAUUGAGGAAGAGGAAAAGAGAUGGAGGAGGGGAGGAGGAGGAGGGGGAGGAGAGGAGGAGGAGGAGGAGGGGAGGAGGGGAAGAGUAGAGGAGGAGGAGGAGGAGUAGAGGAGGAGGGGAAGCCUGCCCCGUUAUGGCAGAGCUCGGAGUUGCUCGAUUGCAUCAUCGCAGCUAAGCUUUCUAUAAAUAGGAUGACGUCACCCCGCGGCUCUCCCUCCGCCGUCGCCCCUCCCCCCUCCCCUCCAGCAUUCCAUGUUGCGUCACCAGGCCCCGCCCCCUCUGUGGGCUUUAUAAAGCGGUGAUGCAACGCUCCGGCCCACAAGCGCAACUUAACGCAGCAGCAGGAAGAGAAACAGAAAGACAGAAGCGACCAGAGUAUAAAAGCUGCUUUUUCUCCGCUUUCAGCUCAACAGCCACUCAAAGUUUGAACAGAAUGAUGCUGCAGCACUCGGGUCCCUCGCUGGCUGACAUCAGCUGCUCCGCCCUGGUGCCCUGCCUGUCCCCGCCGGGCACGCUCACCCUGGACGACUUCACCAACUUCACGCCCAUCGUGAAAGACGAGCUGCGUCUCGCCAUCCAGACCAAGCGCCUGUCCAACGGGCUGAGCGUGGACAUGAGCUCUGACGGGGCCAGCUCCAGCUCGGACCGAGCCUCGGAGCACCACGCCUCCGGAUCUGGACUCAAGAGAGAGCUUACACCACAGGAGCACGACAGGAGGAAGAGGAGGAGGGAGAGGAACAAGAUCGCUGCUGCUAAGUGUCGCAACAAGAAAAAGGAGAAGACCGAGACUCUGCAGCAGGAGUCUGAGAAACUGGAGACGGUGAACGCCGACCUGAAGGCUCAGAUCGAGGAGCUGAAGCAGCAGAAACAGCAGCUGGUCUACAUGCUCAACCUGCACCGACCCACCUGCAUCGUCCGAGCCCAGAACGGCCAGACGCCCGAGGACGAGAGGAACCUCUUCAUCCAACACAUCAAGGAGAGCACCUUACAACUCCACAACCUCACCUCCUCCUCCUCCACCACCUCCUCCUUGUCCUCGUCCACCUCCGUCUCCACGCUCUCGCCCCUGGACGGACUCCUGUCCCUCGACCACGUCCAGUGUCACGGCCACCUAUGAGCGGACGUUUUUUUUGGUCGUAGCACAGACUGUAGCCUCCCGACCUGAGAAUGACAGUGACGUGUUAAUAAACGCCAUGCAGACGACUCCUCGGGCUCAAAGCUGUCCACAACGCUGCUAGAGAGAAGGUCGCAGGCACGAGGUGACCUCAGCUGCUGAUUGGACAGGAAGUGACUCACACACCUUGACGAACAUCAUGUUUUUCUGUUUGUUUUAAACACAUUACAACCAGUCAGGGACAAGGACACAUGCCAAAGCACUAAAAAACAUGUUUUAUUUACUGCUAUUUUGGAUAGAUGACAGAUGAACGUCUGAUUUUUUUGUACCAAAGUUUUCAAGGUGAUCAAGGCACAUAAUUUAACUGUUCACCUGCGGAGAAAGUAGACGGACCGUGUGAGUGUGUUUGAGCUGCGAGUCACUGACUUUUAAGAAAAAGUUGUUGUGCAUAGUGUAUGAAACAUAGUAUAUUUAUUACGUAGCUACUGUAUGACAUGUCUUUGCCGUAUCCACCCUGUCUGCUCGUCCUUUAUACGACGUGAACUACUAAAUUUGCUGCUACUACUAACCACUCAGGACCUAUGCUGGCUUUUUUUUUAAUGGCCUCAUUUAAGAGCUAACCUCUGAAAAAACGUCAGGUUGUUUGCUAUCAGGGUAGCAGUAGCAGUUACAAAAGGGAAAUGUACUUUGCAGACAGGGUUUGUUAUUCUGCACUUACUGAAAAAAGCAUUGUAAAAAAAAUUGCAAUAUACUCCUAUAUGCAGACGAUACCUUACUUAACAAUUUGAAAUUGCAAGCAAAAAUUGUCCAAAUAAUGAUAAUACUGUAUAUAAUUUCACAAGUACACUUUAUUUAUCACUGCGUUCCCUCUUAACAGAACAAGUGUUGCUUCUUUUUUUUCUUUUCUUUUUUUUUGGACGUCCUGUGUGACGACGAAGCUACACAAGUGUUGUUUUCUACCUAAAAAAACGUGUAUUGACUGCGCAUUAACUCUGUGCUACUAUAUGUAAACACCUCCUGUGGUCUUGACAAACAAAAAAGAUUGUUAUUUUCUAAAAAAAAAAUGUAUUUUUAUCAAUAGAUUUUUUGGUUUUUGGAAGUUGUGUUCACUAGAUAUCGUUAGCUAGGUAUCGGAAGUGUCGCGUCAGCUUUCGGCCGGUCCUUUAACACGCCUGACUCUGAAGUUAUGCAGCAGGAUGACGAUGUGUUGUUAUAUUAUACCGUCUGUUAUGAACUUUAUCAGUAUCAAGGCUUCAGCUCACUGCCAAAUACUUCCUCCUUCCACUCCCCGUUCCUCUCUGUGGCCUCAGAGUGGGAUCAUCCCUCUGGAGACUGAGUGUGGUUGCACAAACAGAAGCUGAGGGAGCGUAAUGAACGAGAGUUAAGAGGUCAUUUUCUACUCUAUUACUAAACAAAGCAUCAAUCUAAAGAGCCAAACAUAAAGUAAAACCUUCUCUUUCCUCCCUCAAUCGUUGCAACUCAGUCAGUAUUUGCAUAAUUGCCAGAAAAGUUACAAAACUUAAGCUUUUCCCCUGUUUGGGAAACCAUCAGUUCAUAACAGAGGAGUAAUAAUUAAUGUAUGAGCAGCACACGGAGAGGACUGAAGUUUUAUAUUUAGUGUUUGCAUGGUAGAAGAAGGUUUAAUAAUGUUUAUCAGGGUGAACUUGAGAGUCACACGGUUAAAGAGACGCAGGCGUCUGCGUGUGUUCCCAGUGUGGAUGUUUUUGUUGUUGUUGUGUUUGUUUUUGUGGUUGUUUAUCGUCCCCCGUGGCUAGAUAGCUAAAUAAGCACUGAGUUCGAUGCGUAUGUAUUCUAUUGUGCCUACUUCUACUGGAGCAUCGCAGCCGAGAGGAAUAAAGGCUGUCAGGUACAACCGCACUGCUACCGAUGUGUACUUCCAUCUCUGUGAUCUGUCCACUUUUGUUUUUGAUACUUUGUUAAUUAAACAUGUGUAUUGCAAAUGUAAA